CCCUGGAGAAGUUGGAAAAAAUGCAACAGGAAGCUCAAAACUUGAGGAAGAGACCCAGUUCCAAUAGAGCUGAAAAUCCAUACUGAAAAGCCCUUCUGGUAACAUUUGUUGGUAAAAAGCUUUUCACUAGCAAUAAACAUGAGCUAUGCACCGUUGAUAUCCAAAAUAUUACUAUCAUUCUUCAUAUCCUCCACUGUCUUGUACAGAUAUGGAAAUUGGUUUAGGCAUAGAAUUUUUGUCACCCUAACAGUGUUAUUGGCUUGGUUCUGUAGUUUUUUAAUUAUAUUUGCCCUACCUCUUGAUGUUAUUUCGACUGUAUACAGACAACAGAACCACACAGAAAUUCUACUAAAAGACAAUGUAACAAAGGUAUGCUGUGAUGAACCAUGGAGUAAUUUGCCUGAAAGGGUUUUUAUAAACUUAUGGAGGACAGUCUAUUGGAGUACCCAAUUUCUGACAUGGCUAAUAAUGCCUAUGAUGCAAUCCUACAUAAAAGCUGGAGAUUUUACUGUAAAAGGGAAAUUAAAAUCUGCCUUAGUUGACAAUGCAAUUUACUAUGGCUCAUAUUUGUUGAUUUGUGGUAUUUUGCUGAUAUAUUUAGCCUUAAAACCUGGUAUAGACUUGGACUGGAACAAAUUAAAAGCUAUAGCUUCAUCAGCCAGUAACACAUGGGGUUUAUUUUUGCUUGUUCUUCUUCUUGGUUAUUCUUUAGUAGAGGCACCUAGGGGUUUUUGGCACAAUUCAAAUGCCAGCUUAAAACUAACCCAGUAUUACUUUAAAGCUGCUAAACUGAGCUCUGAUAAAGCUGAAGCAGAAGAAACUGUUGAUGAUGUCCUUGAGUCACUUCAAGCCAUAUCAAUGAUUAUUAGACCAGGGCAUUAUUUGCAUGAACCCUUGGAAACAAUAUUGCAAAAGGUGCCGGUAGAAUUAAAAGAAAGAAUGAAUAGGAGGCAAAUUCCUGAGGAUGCACCGCAUGAUUCACCUACUGAGAAAACUUUGGUGAGAUUGCACAGGCAGACAAUUAAAUCUCUUCAGGUGCUACAGAGGACAGAAACUCAGUGGAACAUUUUACUGGAAAAGAUUUUCCUUACUGAGGAUACUUUAAAGAAUCAAGUGUCGAGAGACAGGCAAUUUAAGCAUACAUUUCCCAGAAAAAGGACAUGGUUUACUCAAUAUAUUUUUACUUCAGUUGUAGAAUGGUAUUGGAAAUGCCUUAUAGCACCAUAUUGCUGGAAAUUGAUUGCUAUAGUCACAGGAAUCAUGUCAGUUUGCAUUGUAUGGUCAGAAGUGACAUUUUUCAGUGUAUCACCCCCUUUAUCUAUAUUUGCAGUGAUUGUUAAUGCUGCUAAAGCUAAUUAUGACUAUUUUAUGAUUGAGGCUUUGUCUACAUUUAUAAUACUCUAUCUCUCAUUUUGUGCUUACUCAACUGUACUUAAAAUAAAACUGCUCAAUUUGUACUACUUAGCUCCUCACCACCAAACUAAUGAGCACAGUUUAAUAUUUUCCGGAAUGAUGUUUAGCAGACUGACUCCGGCCCUGUGUCUUAACUUUUUGGGACUUAUACAUAUGGAUAGUCAUGUUAUACAUAGUGAAAUUAACGAAACUUCUUAUACCCAGAUCAUGGGUCAUAUGGACGUUAUAGGCAUAAUUUCCCACGGAUUUAACGUCUAUUUUCCCAUGGCAAUAUUGGUUUUUUGCCUGGCCACAUAUUUUAGUCUUGGAUCGAGGUUUUUGUCAAUGUUAGGCUUUCAUCAGUUUGUCGGUGACGAAGAAAUGACUACAGAUUUGGUUGAGGAGGGCAGGGAACUUAUUAAAAGAGAAAAACGCAAGAGACAAAGAGCAGAAGAAUCAUUUAACAGGAGGAAGGAUUUUCAAGAAAGAUUCCCUGUCAAUGGAAGAGCGAGGCCUAAUAUGUCUAAUAGUGAACCAGGGCGGCCUAUGCAACAAUUAGAAAGUAGCAGAAUAAGAGAUUCAUAUAAUUUAGACACAUACAAUAGAACCACUUAUACUAGUGAUGAAGUUGAUACCCGGUUUCCGCCUGUAGAGGAUGAUAUUGAUCAGCGUUUCGGAGCCAGCACAGGUUUCGGAAGAAACUCGUCCAAUUUGGACACCAGAUUCGCCGACGGUUAUCAAAACGAUAACCGAAGGGUGGGCGUACCACCACGGGGCAUUUUUGACGAUGUAUAAACUUAGAAACUUGUUAAGAAUUAUGAAAUAUGGCUGUUAAAGAGGGUGUUUAUAUUUUUCAAUAAGGAUAUAUGUUGUAGGACUAUAGUAUCUAGUCAGUGAAACUUAUAUUUAUUGUUUAGGUAGCUUCGGUGAGCUUUAUUAGAAUUUUCGUAUGCGUUAUUCUUGAAUACACUUACUUAGGGCAUAGUUCGCUAGUAAUUUAUAGUUGAUAAUUUUUUUGUAUAUUUUGAGAUUUAAUACUUUUAUAUUUAUUAUUAUUAUAAUUUAUUUAUUGCCUA